AAGCAGUGUGUGCGUCUGUUUUCCAGGCUGCAGGCGACUCUUCUAAGACGCACAGUCGGACGGUUUGACAAGUUCAGACACAAGUGAAGGUGUGGUAGGAGCUAUGAGGAGGAGGUCCUCUGUACCCUAGUGUCACGGGGGGAACUUUACGCAACUUCUCCUGGUGUCUUCCUUAAUUUGUCGGGGGUGUUCAGUAGAUGUCUGUGGGUAUAUGACAGUGUUAGGAGGAGGCAGGUCUGACGGAGCCGAGAACAAAUCUGGAGACAGGAGGAGCAGAAACGACGCAGGUUGGGUUUCCUAUGUUUCUACCGACGUGCCAUCGGUGUUGUUGGAGCUUAAAGCUGGAAUUUAUACACAUGUUGCUGUGCUUAUGAGAUCCGGAGGAGCCCACAGAUCCAUUAUGGAGAAAGUUUAAUAACAAGACUACCGGAUUAACAGGCUUUGCUCCACUGCAGCUCUAUCUCUUCUGCCUUCUUCUGUUUCAUUUCUCACCUUCAUUUGUCACUCUUACCUCUUUCCAGCAUCUCUUUUGCCUAGAUUUCUUCAUUACUCACUGUGCAGCUAACAUGCGUCGAUUCAGCUCUGAGGGAAACCUCCUGGACCUUGACUUUCUCCCCUGGAGGAGAGUGCAGCUUAACAGUCCAGAUAAUGACAAAAACAGGGAUUCUGGUACCUACACUCAAUACAACUAUGAAGAUGAGGAGGAUGGUAGGACAACGAGCCUUCCUCCCAUUAUCCAGGAGCCCAGAGACUGUCUAGGUGAAGCAGCAAAGAAUGAGCUAACUAGGGAGCACAGCAUCAGCGUGGAGAAUCUGGGUGACAUGGGCAAACAGGACAUGAACCACCUGAGAGUGUGUGCCAUUAAUGAAGGGUGCAGGGCGUACAGCGACGGCCAGCUGGCCCCGGCUUCACAGGGCAGCACGGAGAGCGUAGAGAGGGACGAUCUUCCUCCGUCUCCUUCAUCUCCUUCAACCAACCCCUUCUCUCACAAGUCCCAUCACAGGCAUCACCGGGCCAAGUUGUCAGCAGCUAAACUACACCUGAAGAGUCUGUUUGGUGGUCAGAGCCCUCAUUCUUCAAACCCAAACCUGUCCAACCCUGAACAAAAAGACAGUCCUAAAGAGAGGAGGUCUCGACUCCUCUUUAUGCGCCAGUGGAGUCAAGUCGGCCACAGUAAGAAGAGCAGGUUCCGCCGAGUAGAGCUUGAAAAAUGGGCCGAGUCCUUGAAUGAGCUGCUGUCCAGCCAGACUGGGGUUUCUGUGUUUGGAGCAUUCCUGCGUUCUGAGUUUAGUGAAGAGAAUCUGCAGUUCUAUCUGGCCUGUGAACAAUAUAGACAUUCGUCCAACAACUUCAGCCUGCAGAGGAGGGCCAAGGACAUCUGCGCCACCUACAUUCAACCAGGUGCCCCCCGGGAGGUGAACCUGGACAGUAAGACCAGAGACCUGACCAUCCAGCUGCUGCAGGCGCCGUCUCACACGUCCCUGUCCCACGCACAGAAACGCAUCUACUCUCUCCUGGACACAGACUGUUAUCCCCGCUUCCUCCAGUCCACCAUCUACCUCUCCUUGCUCCGAGAGGCUGAAGACUGAAGCCACGGGUCGAUGACGUGCACCGACUCAAGAGGACGAAUAGCGGCUCAGCGGUUUACAGGACUUCCAAAACACUGGAGACUGUAAAGCUGGAUGUUUAGCUACUGCAGGAAAUUUGCAUAAAAGACUGUCUGAAGCCAAUGUUGAUUCAUAUUGAACAUUACCUGCAGGAAUUAAGGGGGACACUUUAUUCACUCUUUUAAGAUGGGUAUUAUGUAUAUUCUUGAGUGAACCUAGCUUUGUCUGUCUGUUGAUUGUACUUUAAUAAAUAUGUAUAUCUAACGCUUCCAAAAACGACACAUUGCAGUGUUUACAUUUUUCUUCAUGUCUGGAUCCUACAAAAUAAAGCAUUAAAUAAGGAGGAUCGUAGUGCACAAAUAGAAUACACCACUCAUUUUGUUUUCACAGGCAUAUAGUUGAAUGAGCGCUGUAUACCGUUAUUACAGUACACAGGAAAUAGCACCACCUUGUUUUUUCUGUAUUGUGGCAGACUGCAUCCAGUCUGGAGAUCUGUUGUUACUAAAUGAUUUGUCUAUUCUAUUAACU